CUGGGACUACCUUUGGAGUCCGUGGCCGGGGAUGCCCGGGAGGUGUCCGGGGGUCCGUGGGCAGCGCGGUGCUCGGUGCUGGCGAGGUGCCGGGAUGUGGAGCACGGGGGGCAGUGGUGUCACCCCCGGGGCAGGGACACGUCCCUGAGGCUGCCCCCGCCACCCUCCGUGCCCCCCAGGCGCCCGGCCCUGCAGCCCCAAGUACUUCGGCCGUGAUGCCAUGGUCUGCGUCUGCAAUGCCACCUACUGUGACACGCUGGACCCCCUGGUCCUGCCAGCCCACGGCUACUACGUCAAAUACGAGAGCAGCAAGGCCGGGAAGAGGCUGGAGCGGAGCGAGGGGAAAUUCCAGCACAAACUCUGCGCCCCAGAUGUCGUCCUCAGGCUGGACACGACGCAGCGCUUCCAGAGGGUGAAGGGUUUUGGUGGCUCCAUCACCGACGCGGCCGCCAUCAACAUCUUGUCCCUGGCGGAGAGAGCCCAGGAUCACCUGCUGCGCUCCUACUUCUCUGAGGAGGGGCUGGAGUACAACCUCAUCCGGCUCCCCAUGGCCAGCUGUGACUUCUCCCUCCAUGCCUACACCUACGAUGACGUCCCCUACGACUACGAGCUCGCCCAUUUUGCCCUGAGGGACGAGGACACCAAGCUGAAGAUCCCCCUCCUUCACCGAGCCUCGGCCAUGAGCAAGCGGCCGCUGUCGCUGUACGCCAGCCCCUGGACCUCCCCCACCUGGCUGAAGACCAGCGAGUCCUACGUGGGGAAGGGGACACUGAAGGGGCAGGCAGGGGACAAGUACCACAAGACCUGGGCCAACUACUUUGUACGGUUCCUGGAUGAAUACGCCAAGCACAAUGUGACAUUCUGGGCAGUGACAGCAGAGAAUGAGCCCACGGCCGGGCUGAUCAACAACUACCCCUUCCAGUGCCUGGGUUUCACAGCUGAGCAGCAGAGAGACUUCAUUGCUCGGGACCUGGGCCCAGCACUGGCCAACAGCUCCCACCGCCACGUCCAGCUCAUCAUCCUGGAUGACAACCGGCUCCACCUCCCGCACUGGGCCAGAGUGGUCCUGGAGGACGAGCAGGCAGCUCGCUACGUCCAUGGCAUCGGCAUCCACUGGUACCUGGACUUCAUCGGCCCCAUACAGGACACAGUGCUGCCCACUCAUGAGCUCUUCCCUGACUACUUUAUCCUGGCCACGGAGGCGUGCAUCGGGGCCCACUUCUGGGAGAGGGAUGUGAUUCUGGGCUGCUGGGAGCGGGGGAACCAGUACAGCCACAGCAUCCUGACGAAUCUGAACCACUUUGUGGCCGGCUGGACUGACUGGAAUCUGGCCCUGGAUCUGGAGGGGGGCCCUAACUGGGUCAAGAACUAUGUGGACAGUCCCAUCAUCGUGGACAGCAGUGAAGGCAUCUUCUACAAACAGCCCAUGUUCUACCACAUGGGGCACUUCAGUAAAUUCAUCCCCGAGGGCUCCCAGCGCGUGGGGCUCGUCGCCUCCAGAGAGUCCAAGAAGACAGCGCUGGAGUACACGGCUUUCCUGCGCCCCGACGGGGCUGUGGUUGUGGUGGUUCUGAACCGGUCCCCGCAGGACAUCACCUUUGGGCUGGCGGACACCGUGGGCCUCCUGGCGGCCGUGGCUCCGGCCAACUCCAUCCAGACCUACGUGUGGCAGCGGCAGUGACGGGGCCGAGGCGCCGGGGGCCGGACGUGCAGCCCCAGCUGCCCGCGGGCUCGGGCCGGGGCAGCGUCCCCAGGGCUGUGACAGAGCCAGAACGGGCCAGGCCGGGGACGCUGAGCGUGUGUAGGAGGGCCGGGGGCACGGUGCCCCUCAGGGUGGAGACCCCACAGGCUGUGAGCGCUGUGUUCUGCUGUUCCGACAUUAAACACGGAUGCUGCCUUGAUGUGUGCGGCUGGAAGGGAAAGCUCCGGGUCCCUCCCCCGCUCCUGGGCACCGUGGCUGGGUGCCGCCCCGGCGUGGAGCCUGCUGGAGCCUGGCGAGCAGCACAGAGCAGCUGGAGCGUCGUGGGCACUCCCUCUCCCUGCCCAGCCCCUGCCCCUCUGCCCACCUCAGACCCUGCUGAGAUGCUCCAGGCACGACUCUGUCCCAGCUCUGAGCAUGCACUGCCCGGCUGGGGCUGAGCAGAGCCCAGCUGUGCUCCUGCUGCUGUUGGGGACAGGUUUGAGGAGCUAGCAGGUGGCUCGGGAGUCAUCCUGAAUGCUCUGGGUGCUGCAUCAGGAGCAGGCACAAAGCACUUGGACACCCACCCUCCAUGGAAGGGCUGAGCAGGGAUUGCAGCCAAGCCUCAGCUUUCUGUGCUUUCCCUGCCACUCUGGAGCCACCUGCAGCCUGAGGUCAGGCCAGGGGCUCUGUGGGUCACAUCUCCUCCAGACCAAGGUCCUGAGGUCAGGGCUGGAGGCAGAACCAGCUCCAGGAGC